UAGGGGACAAGCUGAAUGUCAUCACGGCGGGGCCCCGCGGGCCGCUCCUGGUUCAGGAUGUGGUUUUCACAGACGAGAUGGCUCACUUUGACCGGGAGAGGAUCCCCGAGAGAGUUGUGCACGCGAAAGGCGCGGGGGCCUUCGGCUACUUUGAGGUCACGCACGACAUCACCCAGUUCUGCAAGGCCAAGGUGUUCGAGCACGUGGGGAAGAGGACACCCAUCGCCGUCCGCUUCUCCACCGUUGCCGGAGAGUCGGGCUCGGCCGACACGGUCCGCGACCCUCGCGGGUUUGCCGUGAAGUUUUACACGGAAGACGGCAACUGGGAUCUCGUUGGAAACAACACCCCCAUCUUCUUCAUCAGGGACGCCAUUCUGUUUCCAUCCUUCAUCCACAGCCAGAAACGAAAUCCCCAGACGCACCUGAAGGACCCGGACAUGGUCUGGGAUUUCUGGAGCCUCCGCCCCGAGUCACUGCACCAGGUUUCCUUCCUGUUCAGUGACCGGGGGAUCCCUGAUGGCCACCGGCACAUGAAUGGGUACGGGUCGCACACCUUCAAGCUGGUCAACGCCCGCGGGGAGGCCAUCUACUGCAAGUUCCAUUAUAAGACCGACCAGGGCAUCAAGAACCUCUCGGUGGAGGAUGCCGCGAGGCUCGCCCAGGAGGACCCUGACUAUGGCCUGCGGGACCUCUUCAAUGCCAUCGCCACGGGCAACUACCCAUCCUGGACAUUCUACAUCCAGGUCAUGACUUUCAGCCAGGCGGAGACCUUUCCAUUUAAUCCAUUUGAUGUCACCAAGGUUUGGCCCCACAAGGACUUCCCGCUCAUCCCAGUGGGGAAGCUGGUCCUGAACCGGAAUCCAGUCAAUUACUUUGCCGAGGUGGAGCAGAUGGCCUUUGACCCCAGCAACAUGCCGCCUGGCAUCGAGCCCAGCCCCGACAAGAUGCUUCAGGGCCGCCUUUUUGCCUAUCCUGACACUCACCGCCACCGCCUGGGACCCAACUAUCUUCAGAUUCCCGUGAACUGCCCCUUCCAAGCACGAGUGGCCAACUACCAGCGUGACGGUCCCAUGUGCAUGCAGAACAACCAGGGUGGUGCUCCCAACUACUACCCCAACAGUUUCAGCGCCCCAGAGCAGCAGCCCUCCGCCCAGGAGCACAGCAUGCGGUGCUCCGCAGACGUGCGGCGCUUCAACAGUGCCAACGAUGACAACGUCACCCAGGUGCGCAACUUCUUCCUGGACGUGCUCAACGCGGAGCAGCGGGAGCGCCUGUGCCAGAACAUCGCUGGCCACCUGAAGGACGCCCAGGUCUUCAUCCAGAAGAAGGCGGUCAAGAACUUCACCGACGUCCACCGUGACUACGGGUCUCGCAUCCAGUAUUUUCUGGACAAGUACAACAACGAGAAGCCCAAGACGGCCAUCCACACCUAUUCGCAGCCCGGGUCACACCUGGCCGCGCGGGAGAAGGCGAACCUGUGAGUGGUGUCGCGGCCGCCGCUCGCGUCAUGGCGGGCUCCUGUGGGCGACUUACUCAUGCCAGUGACCACCCCUCAUGCUGUUUUCCUGGGGAGAUGAAGGUCGGGUUUCACAAUCAUUUGCAAACGCAUCUGUCUUUGACAAUUAGUUGGAUCAUUCAUGAAAAUUACCAGAAAGAAAUGUGAUUUUAUUUGAUAAGGAAAAUCUUGGUGAAGUUCAUGUGUUUACAGAUCACCUCAUGGCCUAUUAUAUAAUAUUGUGGCUGUAAUUAUUUGAGAAGGAAAAACACUGAUGGUCCGCUCGGAGGCUUGUAGUUUUCUAAAGUCCUCUUGGGAACACCGCACUGAGCGCAUCAGUGGCUCGUGGCUGGUCGAUCCGGCUCACGGCUGGUCAGAGCCAGGUUCUUCACCUGAAAUCACACCUAUGCUAACUCAGCACUGAUUUCUCAGCAGGUCAAUUUGUAAUUGCUUACAUUUUUACAAUAAAGUGAUGCACAUGGAAGGAGA